AUGGAUGAAUAGGAAAUUAUUGAUACAAAUAAAUCUGAUAACGUGAAUGAAAAUUUUGACUUAGAGGACAAUAAUUUGCUUCAAGAAGAUAAUGCUGCUGUUGAAGAGAUUCCCAGAAAUUUAGAUAUUACACAAGCUGAUAUGAAUGAGAGAAAGUUUAUGGAUAUGAGAAGAUGGUUCAGCAUGGCGAGACCUCAACACCCGAAAUCUUGCGGAAUAUCCUCAUUAACCUCAUGCUGGAAUUAUCUUUACUCUACUCUUGGAGUUGGCAAUCAUAGACCUAUUUCAACAGAGGAGGCAUUGGAAGUUUUGGGAUUCAAGCCACCUUACAAGAAUGUUGACUUUGGUUCAUUCACUGGAAAUGAUACUCUGGUCUAAUGGUUCGCAUUAUUAAACAAAUAUUUUAAAGUUAAAGGACAAGCAAAGAUUGCUUGGAAAUUACAUGGAAAGACCAGAACUCUAGGGAUUGAUAAGAAUUAGGCUUUAGACAAUUUAAUCACUGGCUUGAAAACAACAAAUAAGGCUUACAUUUAUCACUGCUGGAAUCACUAUUUCUGCCCUAUUGGGUUUGAGAAGACCCCUGUUCAUCCUUAUGAUGCUUACAAAAAGUUUUCUGAAAUAGAGGUCUUUGAUGCUUGGAUUAUUAUAGGUGAGGUCUCAAAGUGCUAUCCAGUCUUUCAUGUGAAAAAAUGGGAUGAUAUUGCUACUGACAUUGAUUGUGCCUUUCCUAAAUUCUUUAACAUCAGAAAAAGCGAGCUUGGAAUAUAGGAGAAAACAAGCAAGGCAUUCACAGAAGGUUCUAAAUAAGGAGGAAACCUCCACUGUCUAAUUGAAUUUGAAUCAUUAUAAGAAUGA